AUGCCCGAGAUCAUUCUCUCUAUAAACGCCGGCUCCUCGAGCGUCAAGAUUUCCGUCUACAAAACGCCGUCAAACAGCAGCAGCAGCAGCAGCACAACGACACCUAUCCAACUCGCCGAAGCAACCGUAGAAGGCCUCACAGCACCACCCGCAAAAUUAAACUACAAGCGCGGCCCCGAAACCAUCACAGGCCGAGAAAUCCAAAAUGUGGCCUCGCAGGAAGAUGGUUUCCGCUGCAUACUCGAGCACCUGACUGCAGACGACGGGCUCGUGGAAUUGCAAAAAAUGGAAGACAUAGACUUUACCUGCCACCGCGUCGUCCACGGCGGCGACUACCCACGCUCCCAAAUCAUCGACUCCAAAACCUACCACCACAUCGAAGCCCUCUCCGACCUCGCCCCGCUCCACAACGCCCCGGCCCUCAGCAUCGUCCGCGCCGUGGCGAGGAUGCUCCCCCACGCCAAAAACAUUGCCUACUUUGACUCGGCCUUUCACGCCACCCUCCCCAACCACAUCAACACCUACCCCAUCGACCCAGCCGUGGCCCAGCAAAACAAACUACGCAAAUACGGCUUCCACGGCCUGUCCUACGCCUUCAUCGUCCGCGCCGUAGCCGCCCACCUGGCCAAACCAGUCCACAGCCUCAACCUCAUCGCCCUGCAUCUCGGCUCCGGCGCAAGCGCAUGCUGUAUCCGCGGCGGCCAAUCCCUCGACACAAGCAUGGGACUCACGCCUCUUGCUGGACUCCCCGGUGCCACACGCUCCGGCUCCAUCGAUCCAAGCCUGAUUUUCCACUUUACGCAUGCGGCGGGGAAGCCGUCGCGCAGCUCGAGUGCGCACAUGCACAUCACCCAGGCCGAGGACAUUCUCAAUAAGAAGAGCGGGUGGAGCAGUCUGACGGGGACCACGGACUUUGGGGCCAUUAGUGCGUCGGAGCGUGAGGCUGAUGUGCUUGCGUUUCGCAUCUUGGUCGAUCGCGUGGUGAAUUAUGUGGCGCCGUAUUUUGUAAAGUUGGAGGGUGAGGUGGAUGCGUUGGUUUUUGCGGGCGGGAUCGGGGAGAAGGGGGCGAGGUUGAGGGGCGAGGUUGUGAGGGCGGUGGGGUGUUUGGGGUUUGCGUUGGAUGAGAGGAGGAAUGGGGGGGAGGUGGGAGACGAGGUGGUUACCGACAUUAGUGCGAGGGAUGCGAGGUUCAAGACAUUAGUCGUCAAAACAGACGAGCAAUUGGAAAUGGCAAGGGAGGUGUUGGUAGACAAGAAUCGGAUUGUGGGGAGGGAGUGA